AUGAAUUAUAAAAAUAUAAUAUUUUAUCUUCUAAUAUUAGUAAAUGCAAUAUUUUGUAGUGAAGAUAUAAAUGAAGAAGGAAUACAAAGAAUAGUGAAAAGAGGUAUGAUUAAACGCAUCAGAGAAAUUAAUGAAAGAUUUAUUUAUCUUAUAAAUUACAAUAUAUAUUUAAUUUUAAAAAUAAUUAACAAUGAAAAAGUUUCCAGUGUACAAAUUGAAAAAGAAGUAUUAAAUAACUCGGCUCAGAAAGGUGAGAGUAGUGGGACAUCAGAACAAGUUUCAAGUCUACAGACAAAAAUAAAUCAAUCUUUACAAACUGAUCCUACAACUACAAAGAAUGAAAAAUCGUGGUAUUUUAAAUUUUUUAUAUAUACCUUGAUAUUAACAUUAGCUUUGGCUCUCUUAUACUUGUUAAUACUUCUAUAUUAUCUAAUAACUGAAGGUAUACAGAUUUUUAGACACUUAUAA